UGUCGAGUACGGUUCUGAAUAUCGAGUCAAUGUAAUGAAAUGGUAGUGCAAAAAGUAAUCUUGACUACCACUGGGAUAAAUGGCGACGAGUAAAUACCCUUUUCGGGCGUUGGAGUGUGAAGGACGAUGGUUUGGCUGAUGACUUGCUUCUGCGCAUUAUACCACUUUACUUGGAUAAGUCUUUACGGAUCCUAUCACCACAGUCAAAAAGCGCAACCUGGUUCUGUCGAUGGAUGGAUAGAUGUGAGCAGUAUUUAUCCAUUGAUCGAUCUCAGCAUGAGCACAGAGCAACUGUUCCGUCCAUCAGACUACUCCGUACGCGACAAGAGGCUUCGUUUCUACGCCCAGCUCUUGCGAGAACGCCGUAUUCAGCUCAUUUGCUCAUACUCUAAAAGAGCUGGUAAGAUCAAGGGGAAUACCCCUGAAGAUCCUCGAAAACCCCGGAUGAGUGGGCUUACUGGAAAGCGUGAAGCAUGUUCCUGUCGUCGCUUUUGGGCACGAAGGUCCAGAUGUUACGGUAGAAAGCAAGCCAGCACCAUAAUCUCAGCGUGGAAUUGUGCGUUCAGUGGGAACACAGAGUCCAGUACGGCUUCUGGUCGAUCUACAUUAUCCUCGUGCAUGGAUGUGUCUGUUGAGAGUGUUCUCCUGGAUCGACAGCUCCUGGCAGAAUCCUGUCUGCAUUGUGCGUCCUUCAAAGACAAACCAUGGACAACCUUGGAAAGUCAUGAAGGGAGGCAGUGAGUCACUUGAGAGAAAGACCGGUAGUUGCCCAUGGGACUUGCGCGCUGGGGACACGUUGCUUGGGAGGUCUGAGCGACAUGCCGGGAAAAAUGGUUGGUGCGGUGC